AUGGCAGGAUCCGCCGUCAUGCUCGAUGAUCCCGCCGCUUUCACGGGCCUUCUCACGAGAUGGGCGGUCCCGGAUGCAGUCAAGGACAAGCUUCGUGAUGCAGGCUACAACACCAUGGCUCUUCUGGCCCAUGCUCUUCCGUCUUUGGAUGACCUCGAGGCCUUUGUUGAGUCUUUGCUGGGCAGAGCAGUGGGUGCGGACCCGACGGUUCCCAUUUUCUCUCCGGAGGCGGCUGCCCUUCGUCGUGUGCUUAAAGAGUGCAUCAACCUGGCAGGGCCGGCCGGUGCUUCAUCCUCGGCUGCGCCGACCCCGGCCGCUGUGAGACCAAAACUGCAAGCUGCGGAUGUCCAAUCGCUUGUGGUGGAGUUCUCGCGCAAAUAUCCUUCGGAACUCCUUCGCCCGGAGGUCAUGCCAAGUCUGCCUUUCCUGAAUGCGGUCAAGGAUGCGGUCGAUUCUAAGCAGCUCUCCUGGAUUUCAUGGCGACUUCGAACGAGUGAGUCAGAUGAACAGGCCCUCACCGAGCGACGCAAACCGCGCACGGACUCGCAGAUGCUACAGUCACUGCUCGGUCCGGUCUCGGAUGAACUUGUGGUGGAUGUCCCGCAGCACCUCCCCCUUGAGUCUGUGAUUCGUCGCUACCUUGACCGCAUGUCUUAUGCCCUCGCGGUUCUUGAUGCAUGCCACUUACUGACUCUGAAGAAACUCUCGGAGAAAUUUGUGACCCUGGCGACGGCGAUCCCGAUUGACCGUUCCCUGCGAGGACCCACGCUGGCGGAGGCUAUGGAUGCCGAUCGUGUGCUUUGGAGUGCCAUAUGCUCCUUGCAGAAGGAAUACGGCUGGUCUUUGCAGGAUUGUGUCUCUGAACUGACACAUGUACGAUCGGACCUUCACAACGCUUUGGCUCCGCGGCCGAAGGUGCACCAGGGUGGAGGUGAGCCUCGCGGCAAACGCCAGCGCACUGAGCCGCCGCCCGCUCCGCAUCCAAAUCCUCGAGCCAAGGCCAAGAGCAAGGCCAAGCCACGCAAGAGUGGGGAUGCGGGUCCCUCCAAAGAUCGCGUUUCCAUCAGCAACUGGCCGAGCAAUUGGGCUCGCCAGAUCGGCGGGGAUGGCGUGGACCUUGAUCCCCCGCCUGAUUUUGCCCCUGUGGUCUCUGGGACCUCUCAGUCUGAGGCUGAGUCCUUUGCAGAUUCAAUUUUGUCCGAAUCAGUGGCCUUAUCGUGUAAAAGCGUUGAGAGGCUCGCUGACCUUUUGCUGCGAGAAGCACCUGACCUUGACGAUCGGUUCUCUAGUGGGGCUUCGGUCUCGGCUGGUCUUUACCAUCGGAUCAAGGUUGGCCUGCGCAAGGUAUGCGGUUCACACCCUUCAUCGGUGCGGGUUCUGAAUUCGCUCAUUUCUUCAAUGUCACCUGGGUUUUUCCAUUCAUCUUUUGUCCUGAUCGACGGCAUUGCUUCAGAGGCCCACUGUGAUACAGCCAACUCGGACCUGCCUAAUGUGGUCAUUCCCAUUUCUUGUUUCUCCGGUGGUGAGUUGCGGGUUGCGCACCCCUCCGGGGCUGAUGUGAUGAUGCAUGAUGGCGUCAAGCACCCGGCUGUCUCUCUGCCAGUGUGUCGCGGCCCAGUGAUCUUCACUGCAUCGUCUUGCCUUCAUGAAGUCCUGCCCUUUGAAGGUGCUUUGCCCAUUGCCCCUCGUGCUCUUGCACUCACUGAGGAGCAGCGGGACUUGCUCCCACGGCCAAAUUCUGUCAGUGCGGUCGGUUCUGGCAACCAACUCCGGACAGGGAUUUCCCCUGACUUGCCCCAAUUGCCCGCUUCCGACUUUCUCUGCGACUGCAAUUCGGGGCGUUUCUUUCUGGAUAUCUGUUCCGGGGCCGGGGCUCCUGUCAGUGCGGCCAUGCAAGCCUUGGGCAAGGACUGUUUUCAACCAGUUGACAUCAUUCAUUGCCAGGAUUUCGACCUUCUGCAAGAUGAAUUUUUCGCUCAACUCCUGGCGCUCUGCUCCAGCGGUGUAGUGGGAGCGGCCAUAGCGUCUCCGCCCUGCGGGGAAUUCAGCCUUCUCAAACUGCGACCGGGCGGACCACCCCCGUGCCGCACACCGGAGGAGCCGCUCGGGUGUAUUUCCAACGAUUGGCAUCAAUCUAUGGUGGCUCAGAACAGUGCUCUACUUCAUGAUCGAUGUCGGGAGCUUCUCUCCAGUGUCGCGGCUCUGGGAGGCUGCAUUGUUUUUGAACAGCCGCCAUCUUCCAUGACUUUUUUGACAGAGACAAUGCAACAGUGGAUUUCCAGCACACUUUCAUUCGGUGCCCAAGUUGCCGCUUGUCAUCACGGCAUGGAUGUGUCCAAGCGCUGGCUCUUCUUGUCCAACAGGCCGGACAUACUUGACCUCGCGUCUGAGUGCCAUCAUGGAUCCCGGGCGCACAAGGCUGUGUGGGGGAUUCGUGCAGAUGAUGGAAGUUUCCUUAGCCGAAUGACAGCUGCGUACCCGAUAUCGCUGGCGGCCGCUUUGGCUGCGCUUCUGGGAAGGUACACUUCGUCUCAGGGCCGGCUGCUUCCAUGUGCAGAGUGGCGCUCUGUGCUCCCCCUGGACCCAGUUUGGCCUCAUCUGAGUCGCCGCAUUGAGGAUGGGGCAGGUGUCAACAGUACAGCGUGCUGGAUUACUCCACAAGCCGAUGACCACCUUGCAGGUCUUCGCAAGAAGUGGACGCAGCGUCUGGUCGACAGUCGUCGAGAAUUUUCUGUCGAUUCAACCGGGACAGCCUUCCGCUUGAACGUCCUGGAGAAGCUGCUGGCUGUUACUAAAGACCCUGAAUCGGAUCUAUGCCAGCAUCUCCGGAAAGGGGUGCGCAUUGGUGUGGACCACGAACUGCAGCCCUCGCCUCAUUGGCCACUUCGCACGGCAGAUCCGAUUGUGUCGGACCUCGUGAUUUGCGAAGGUUCUUGGAAAAGUGCCUCCGACCACCCGGAUCAGGUCCGGGAGCUCCUGGCCCAGGAAAUCGCUGAAGGCUGGAUCGUGGAGAGACCUUCGGUUCAAUACCUGCAUGAUCACUUCCCGGCGGUGGCUAUCGGCAAACUUGGACUGGUUCUGGCUGAAGGCAGGUCGCCUCGACUCACGGUCGACAGCUCGAUUAGUGGAGUCACGGCCGCUUGUCAGAUUCCAAAUCACAUGCUGCUGCCACGCAUAUCCGACGUUGAGGAUUGUGCUCCCUCCUGCCUAGGCCGCCAACCUUGGAUCACGGUUUCUUUGGAUGUGCGCAAGGCUCACCGCAUGGUCAUGGUGGAACACUGUGACCAGGCUUUGCUGGCCUUCACCUUCGAGGGACGCGUCUUUACGUCCAGCACCCUUAAUUUCGGGGCCAGAGCAUCCGCUUUUUGGUGGGCCAGAGUUGGUGGAGCCCUGCUUCGUCUGUCGCACGCAGCGAUCUGGCUUUCACAUCUGCUUUGGGGCUACGUGGACGAUUUUUUGGGAGGUUUUCGCGGCGAUGUGGCUCCGAUCUCUGCCUCCAUUUGGAUCCUCUUGCUCUUAGCACUGGGAGUACCACUUUCUUGGCCAAAGUGUGUCUGGUCGUCGGAGUGCAUUUGGAUUGGAUGGUCCAUCAAUCUUGAAAGCUGGGUUUGCGAGCUCCCGUCUGAUAAAAUUUCCAAAAUUCUUGAUCAAAUCGCUGAGCUACUUUCUGCUGGGGACAAGGUCAAGUUCAAGACUUUGGAAUCACUCAUUGGACGCCUCUUGUGGGUUACAGGCUUGUGGACGGUGCUUCGGCCUCUGCUGUCCCCAUUAUAUGCAGCUCUGCAGCGCUUACCAGCUUCCUCGGUUGGUGUCAGCCCUGAGUUGUGGGCUGCGAUCAAGCGCAACAUUGCUGAGGAUUGUGUGCUGACCCGCUCGGUUGGGCAUCCGUCCUUCCAUAAAGGUGCUUGCAUCACUCGUGCGGCCAAUACUUUUGUGUCUUGCAAGCAGGAUCUUGAUGAGGUGCCAUUCAGGAAGCGCCGAUUGUGGGUCGAGGUUAAGGAUCCUGGGCAUCCGCUGCGAGUCCUCGGGGAUGUCGGCAGGUCAAGCUUAAUUGCAUGGCGUGCCAUCUUCCAGGGAACCCCAUUCUUGAAGGCGCUUCGCAGCCCGCUCCCGCUGAAGGUCAUUGCGGAGGCGGAUGCCUUUGCCGAUGCGGAGGUGUCUGGGUUAGGAGGCUACGCCAUGUGGCCCAGUGGUCGCACAGUCUGGUUUUCCAUUAGAAAAGACAGUCAGGAGUGGGCUGCUCUCACUUCGUGGUUCCCUCCGCCCCUCCAGGCGCAUAUUUCGGCGUUGGAACUCCUGGCUCAAUUACUGCUGCUUUGGUGUGUCUUCGCCACUCUGCCCUCCAAUCGUGGACUAUGUCGGGCUUGCCUUCGUUCGGACAACUCCGGUGCAGAGGCCUGUGCCUCCAAGGGCCUUUCCUCGGUGCUGUCCAUGAGCGAGAUUGUCAAGAAGUUCCUUGCUUUUCAGGCGUGGUCUGGUGUACAAGCUGAGGUCGAGCAUGUGCCUGGGUAUCGCAAUGAACUUGCAGAUGCGCUCAGCAGGCUUACGCCGAACGACAUUGCACCAUUGCCCUUGGGUGACCGGGUGCAUCCGCCUUUGCAAUGGCUUCUUGAGCAGCGGCUCUUUUUUGAACCCGCUUCGGCCUCGUGGCCGCCUCCUUUCAAGACUUGGUUGAGUAGACCCUGA